AUGACGUCCAACAAUCCAAUCAAGCGCGUCCGCCUGAUCGGCUUUGCGACGCUAGCCUUGGUUCUCCUCGCCUGGGGCUCCUUGCAAUGGUCUGCAUUGUUGCGUAGCAGCCAUCCAGAUGCACCGACACUCCCCUGGUGGCGAUACACCCACGAUGCAUCAGCGAUCGGCGACAAUGAUGGUCGAGACGCACCUCGCACGCGCUACUACGAGUGGAACAUCAGCCGCGCCGACAUUGCCCCCGACGGCGUCACUCGGCCCAUGAUCCUCGUCAACGGCCGGUUUCCGGGCCCUCACAUCCAAGCCAACGUCGGCGAUACUCUAGUCGUGCACGUCCGGAACCAACUCGCUCACAACGACUCGUCGUCGUUUGCAGAGUGGGACCAGCGUGCGCGCUCUCGCUUCUCGACCAAGGUGGAUGGACACUACCCGCCAGGCAGCGACGAGCGCAUUGCCAUCCACUGGCAUGGUCUGUCCAUGCGAGGCAGCCCAGAACAGGACGGCGCUCCUGGAUUCACCUCGUGUGCUACGCUGCCUGGUGAAUCCCACACCUACCGCCUCCGCGUCCUGCCCGAAGAUGUGGGGACGCAUUGGUGGCACUCUCAUGCCGGCAUGUCGCGCGCAGAUGGCCUCUGGGGCACAUUCACCGUGCUAGAUCCGCGACAGAGCGAGCAUCAACGUCUUGCUGCCCAUGCUGCUGCAACUGGUGCAGCACCUCUUGGCUGGGACCAUGAGCAGGUCGUCACGCUGGGUGACCACUACUUUGCGCCGGGCAUCGACCAGAUCUCGUGGUUCGUCUCGCGGCACUCGCUCGGGUUUGAGCCCACGCCGGACAACAUCCUCAUCAAUGGUCAGGGCCGGUUCGACUGUGCGAAGCUUCUCGACUCGAGCAAGCAGGAGUGCACCACCAGGCCCGACUAUCCAGCGAUCGCGCUGCAACGGAACAAGACGCACCGUGUGCGCAUCGUCAAUGUCGGAUCAGUCGGCCAUCAGACAUUCUCCAUCGACCGCCAUGCUCUCACGGUAAUCGAGGCGGAUGGCUCGCUCAUUGUGCCUUACAACACCACGCGGCUGUCGGUCGCCCCGGGACAGAGGUACUCGGUGCUCGUGCGUGCUGACCAGACGGGUGAGUUGGGCGGUCCGUUCUGGCUGCGCACCGAGAUGCAUCACGAAUGCUUCAACAUGCCCAAUCCGUAUCUCGCCAACGAAGCCAAGGCGAUCGUGCGAUACGUUGACGAGGCUCCAGAUGCCGCGGCACAUGCAGUGUGGUCAUCGUCCGAACUCGAUCUUCGCGAUGGACAGCGGCGACGCGGCAUCCAGCUUGAAUCUGGUCGAAGCCUGCCGCAGACGCAGCCAUGGCCGCUGCGAGGCGGAGAGUUGCCGUGCCACGACGAGCCUGCCUCGCUCCUGCGCGCGCUCCGCGUGGGUGAUCGUGCUGAUGCUCCCUUGACACCCAGAGUCGAUGUCGAGAACGGCGAUGUGCGCGCGGCUGUCACCGUAACCAUGCCCAAACUCGAUCGCAACGGUCUUGUUCCCGUAUCUUGGAUCAAUCGAACGCAGUGGAAGGCGCCUCAUACACCCCUCCUGCACUCGUUUGCGCUGCAGUCCAACGCCACCGAUGGUGCUGGUGUGUUUGAUCCCAGGCGUCAGACGGUGCUGGUGCCAGGCACGUCGGAGCCAGUGACGCUCGAGCUGGUGAUCAACAAUGCGGACGAGGCGGCGCAUCCGUUCCACCUGCACGGCCACCGUUUCCACGUGGUUGGGCUAUCCGAGUCGAGCGUGGGCGUGGGCGCCUACCAGCCUCACGCACCCAACGAUGAUGCGCAGUGGUUCAACGAGGCCGAGGCGGUGUAUCGCGACACGGUGUCGGUGCCGCGGCGCGGGUUUGCGGUGCUCAGGUGGACGUUGGACAAUCCGGGUGUGUGGGCAAUGCACUGCCAUGUGCUGGUGCACAUGCAGACCGGUAUGGCACUCGCCGUCGUCGAACAGCCCCACCGCAUCGCCCAGCUCGAAUUCGCACGCAGCCUCACCACCGCCGCGUGUCCAAGCGCAGAUGCGGAAUGA